ACCUGCUCCAGGCCAGCUACCGGCAUCGUCAAUCGUUAUUUUAUUUUAAAUUUCGUUUCCAGGGAGCCCCAGAACAACAUGCCUUUCACCACCUACGACCGUGACAACGACAACUUUAGUCGCAACUGCGCCAAGUUUUUUGCCGGCGGCUUCUGGUACAACAAGUGUGGGGCAGGCCGCCCAAACAGCGUCUACUACAAACAAGAGACGAAGCCCACUUACCAUAAGGUACCCGGGAUAAAAUGGUAUUCGUGGAAACGUAACAAGUUCUACCUGAAGGAAUUCGUGAUGUCAUUCAGACCAAAGGGAGCAGCAUAAAGAAGCAGUAUAAAGAAUU